UCUCUCUCUCUCCUCCUUCCUCACCCCAUCACUUUCUCUGCACUUGAUUCCCUUUGUUAAAUUUUCUAUUCCCUCUAGGGUUUGAAUUAUUGUGCUCUCACUUCUUUAAUCAUCCUAAAAAAAUCAGUUUUUAAUACUCUUAAACAUCAUACUUUAUUCUUCUUUGUUUUCUGUUCUUUUUCUUUCUUUUUUUUAAUCUUAUUAUUUUUUUCUUUUUUCAGUUCUUGUUGUUGUGUAUGGCUGGUUUAGACCUAAGCUCAGCUUCUCACUUUGCUCAUCACUUCCACAGACCUAACCUCGAUCACCUCCAGGAACCACAAGAUGAUGAUGACACCAACAACUACGCCAAUCAUCAAAACCUCGAGCUCGACUCCGAUCCCGGCAGCACCCUCCCUCGCCGGCCAAAAGGGAGGCCUCCCGGAUCCAAGAACAAGCCCAAACCACCGAUCAUCAUAACCCGAGAGAGCGCGAACACGCUCCGAGCUCAUAUCUUGGAGGUGGGGACUGGUUGUGAUGUGUUCGAGGCGGUGGCGGCCUAUGCAAGGAAGCGGCAGCGAGGGAUUUGUGUACUGAGCGGAACCGGCACGGUGACAAACGUGAUGUUGAGGCAGCCGGCUGCGGUGGGAGCUAUCGCGACGCUGCCUGGCCGGUUCGAGAUACUGUCCUUGUCAGGAUCGUUCCUGCCGCCACCGGCACCGCCCGGUGCGACCAGCUUAUCGGUGUACUUGGCCGGAGGACAAGGUCAGGUUGUGGGAGGGAAUGUUGUGGGUGCUUUGAUUGCUGCCGGUCCGGUUAUCGUCAUCGCGGCCUCGUUCAGUAAUGUAGCGUACGAAAAGCUGCCGAUGGAUGAAGAUGAACUGCCUGUUUUACAAAGCUCUGGUGUUGGUGAAGGUGGCAGUGGUGGUGGUGGAGGUGGAGGAGUCAGCAACCCAUUUUCUGACCCAUCUUCUAGUCUUCCCUUUGUCAAUUUGCCUCAGUUACCGGUGAACGGGUGGGUGGGGAACUCCGGCGGGCGGGCUCCAUAUUGA